GGCGUACGCGUACGUUUAUUGUCCGUUGUGUCGUCGUCCGAUAACUACGUAGUACGUAGUUACAACUUUCGGCGGAGAGUGGUGACCAGUGAAGACAUCUUAGGUCUACAUUGUACUGCUCUUUAAAGUUUAAGGGCAGACGGCCAGUUAUAGCAAUAUUUUUAUAUUACGUUCGUGAUUUAUUCGUUUUGAAUAAAAAAAAAACAUGAGUGAAAAUAUAAAUGAAACGACCAUGCCUGUUUCACAGCUUCAAAUCCAAUGGCCUCAAUCGCCUCCAGCUACAGUACCACAACCAAUGGGUCCUAGUAGUACAUCAACUUUAUGCACUGUAUGUGGCAAUUACAUUCAUACAAGCACAUCAAAGAAAGCUAAAUCUUCUGCUUGGUGGAGUUGUAUACUGAUGUGUUUGUGUGGAUGCUGUUUUGGAUGCUGUCUAAUUCCUUGCUGCAUGGACUCUUGCAAUGUUGUCAACCAUAAGUGCCCAAAAUGUAACACUUUUUUGGGACAGUACAGACCAUAAACUAAACUUCAACAAUAUAGUUGGACCGCUAAUUUUUUAACUACUUUUAUUAUUAUUUUUUAAAAACGACAAUUGAAUUUAAGUAAUUUUCAAUUUUUCAUGUAGUAUGGUAUUUAUAUUUAAAAAAGAAUAAAAUGUGUAUUUUAUUUUUCUAUUUUACAUUCAAGCAUAUAUAAUAUGGUAGCAGUAAAUUUAAAAAUAAGGUACCAUAAUAUUAUUUUUCCACUGAUUAUGUAAAAUAAAUAUUUUUAAUUGAACAGUAUGAUAUGAUGUAAAAUUAAUUUUCUUUUUAUAUUCAUUAUCUAAUGUUCUACAGCAAUUUAAUAUUAUUACUAUUAAGUCAUCAAUUAUAAAUACUUUGUAAAAUGUAUAUUGUUUUGUUUAUGAAUUAAAAUAAUGAUUUUACUA